AUGCAAGCCAUAUCGAAAAUUUCUUCUGCAGCUUCCUUCUUUCGAUGUUCUAGGAAGCUGACAAGUCAGCCAUGUUUGAGGCCAUGCUUGAGACAGCUUGACCUCAGAAAGGGUCUUGUCUGUGGUGUGAUGAAGUUGUUCUCUUCGCCUCUUACAACUAUGCGUGGUGGAUCUGUUCGAGUGUCAAGAUUCUGCAGUGUCUCCAAUGUCUCUUCUUCAUUGCAAAUUGAACUGGUGCCAUGUCUUUCGGAUAACUAUGCUUAUAUUUUACAUGACGAGGAUACUGGUACAGUUGGUGUGGUUGACCCUUCUGAAGCUGCACCUGUUAUAGAUGCGUUGCAGAAGAAUAGUCGAGAUCUAACAUAUAUAUUGAAUACGCAUCACCAUUAUGAUCACACUGGUGGGAAUUUGGAACUUAAAGACAGGUAUGGUGCAAAGGUGGUCGGUUCAGCGGUAGAUAAGGUCCGGAUUCCUGGAAUUGAUAUAGCUUUGAAAGAUGGGGACAAAUGGGUGUUUGCUGGUCAUGAAGUCCAUGUUAUGGAAACUCCUGGCCACACAAAAGGCCAUAUCAGUUUCUACUUUCCAGGGGCACGAGCAAUUUUCACUGGAGACACCUUGUUUAGUUUAUCAUGUGGUAAGCUCUUGGAAGGUACUCCAGAGCAGAUGCUAGCUUCGCUUGAGAAGAUUCUUUCUUUGCCAGAUGACACAAGCGUAUAUUGUGGCCAUGAAUAUACACUGAGUAAUUCCAAGUUUGCGUUAUCUAUAGAACCAACUAACGAGGUACUCCAGUCUUACGCAGCCUACGUUGCAGAGCUCCGUGAGAAGAAGUUACCAACGAUUCCAACGACGAUGAAGAUGGAGAAAGCGUGUAAUCCGUUUCUUCGCACUGGGAAUAUGGAUAUCCGUCGGGCUUUAGGUAUUCCAGAGACUGCAGAUGAAGCAGAAGCUCUGGGUGUUAUAAGAAGAGCAAAGGACAAUUUUAAAGCUUAA